AUGAAUUCUGCAACGGCUAGAAUCCCACUACAAGACAAGCAAUCUGGAGACAAUUCUGGGGAGAAUGAGGAUGAAAAAGAUGGUGGAAAUCAAAUAAGCCAAUCUGUCCUAGAUGAGAAUAAGGAGUUACUAUAUAAUAAUGGUUUGCACAUCCUGAACUUCAUAGGGAAUCCCUUUACUUGGAAAAAUAGAAGAAAAGGUCAUGCCCUUGUUCUUGAGAGAGUUACAAAGUCCCAGCUUAAUACCAAACAGGAACUUAAGAAAUGGAAUUACAUUACCUUUGGCAAUAUAAAUACUCAGAUUCACAAGAUAAAAUGCCAAAUAGAAGAGAUAUUAAGGGUCAAUAAUACUAAUAAUACUCCUUUGUUAGAAGAGCUUAAAUGUAAACUUAAUCAGUGGUAUGAUAUUGAGGCUGACUUCUGGAAGCAAAGAAACAGAAAUGAUGACCUUAAGGAUGGCGAAAGAAAUACUGCUUACUACCAUAAUAAAUUUAACUUCAGAAGGAAGAAAACCAAUAUUGAUACUCUUCAGAAUAAUAGAGGUGAGUGGCUUACUGAGAGAGCUGAUAUUGCUAAUAAUCUUAAAGAUCAUUUCUUUAUAAUGAGCAUGUCUUCUUUUCCCUCUAAUCCUGAUGAGUAUUUUAAUAAUGUUGUUCCUUGCAUUACUGAUGAGGAAAAUAGUUUUCUUACUGUUAUUCCUACUCAUGAAGAGAUAAAGAAUGUAGUAUUUAGUAUGCACUCCUGGGACACUCCUGGUCCAGAUGGUUUUCUUCCUGGCUUUUACCAAAAAAUGUGGCCAACUGUAGGAAAUGACACUGUCCAAAUUGUUCAAGCCUAUAAGUCUAUCAUUUCUAAACUCCUUGUCACUAGACUUAAACCUCUGUUGAAUAAAUUCAUAUCUCCUUUUCAAUCUGCAUUUAUUCCUGACAGAAUGACACAAGACAAUAUUGUUAUGGAUCAUGAGCUAAUAUAUACCAUGAAAAAAACUAAGAGUGUCAAGGGUUGGAUGGCUUUAAAGCUUGAUAUGAGUGAGAUGUAUAAACCUCAAAGAGGUCUCAGACAAGGAGACCCACUGUCUCCUUAUCUGUUUAUUCUCUAUGAUUGUCUGUUAUUUGCUAGAGCUAACACUGGGGAAGCUAAACAGAUUGCUUCCAUUAUAGAUCAAUUUAGCAAAUACUCUGGUCAAUCAGUGAAUUUUGACAAAUCUGGGUUAGCCUUUAGUCGUAAAGUGCCAAAUAAUAUUAAAUGUGAAAUUUCUAACAUUCUUCGCAUACAGAGAAUGGCCUUGCAGGAUAAGUACCUUGGAGUUCCUUUAUUGCUCCAGAAAAAUAAGGUAGAAUCUUUUGCUCCUUUAAUGGAUAGAUUCAGUGACAGGCAGGUUUCCUGGGUUCGGAAAGGUAUUUGUGAUGGCUUAGAGAUUAUAAAACAGUUCUACUGCUGGCAAAUUGGAGAUGAUAUUCUAGAAGCUCUCUUUGAUAAUGAGACUGUUAAAGCUAUCCAAGAAAUAAGAAUCCCUAUCUAUGGAAGAGACACUAUAAGAUGGAAGCCAACUGCAAAUGGUGAUUUUUCAGUCAAGACUGCCUAUAGGGAUAUACUAGAUUCAACUCAACCUAGGCCACCAAACAAUAAUGAGAUUGAAUGGAAGGCUUUGUAG